AAGGGUUUACUAUCAUAUCUGAUAGGCAAAAGGGUUUAUUGAAUGCAGUGGAAAGAGAGUUACCUUAUGUUGAACAUAGAAUGUGUGCUAGACACAUCUAUGGGAACCUAAAGAAGAUAUUUCCCCAUCAAGGUGACAUGAAAAAGCUCUUUUGGCAAGUAGCGGAAAGUUAUACCACGAAAGAGUAUGAAGCAAAUUUGGAAUUGGUAAAGAGCUAUGAUAUGCGUGUUUAUGAAGCCAUGAUGGAGAAGAACCCAAAGAAUUGCAGCCUUGCUUUUUUCACGCCAACAUCCUCCUGCGUAGAUGUUCAUAACAACAUCUCUGAAUCUUUCAACAAUGCAAUAGAUCCUGCAAGGUAUAUGCCAAUGGUAGAGAUGUUGGAGACGAUAAGGAGAAGAACCAUGGUGCGUAUUGAUAUGAGGAAGACAAAAGCUGACAAGGAUCUAAGCAGAGUACCUCCUAGAAUAAAAGAAAUGAUAGCGUUGGAGCAGAAAAGGCUUAAGUUCUGCAAGGUUAUCCCUGGAUCAGACGGUAGAAAUGAAGUCCGUGAGUCAGGUACAUCUUACUCUGUGAACAUUACAAUGAAGACAUGUGCCUGCAGGAGAUGGGAAAUGAGUGGAGUUCCAUGUAGGCAUGCAUUACACAUCAUCGCAGAAAAGAAGCUAAAUCAUGAAGAUUACAUCUCUAGUUGGCUUCUCAAUGGAAGGCAACAACAAAUUUAUAGGGACUCAAUUCGGCCAGUAAAUGGUAUGUGUUUCUGGGAUAACUCCGGUUCUGUGAUAUUGCCACCUCCAAAUCUGGUUGAAGAACUUGAAAACAGAAAAGGAAGAAAGCCAAAGCCAAAAAGGAAGAAAGGGAAGAAUGAGUCUCCAAAAAAGAAAAAGGCUAGUAGAGAGAGGAGAAUCAUGCAUUGUCGUCGUUGCAGUUUAACUGGACACAAUGCAGCUAAAUGUCCAAAUAUGGAAGUGGAGAAGUCUAUGCCACCUAAGAAGAAGAAGAAGACUAAACCAUCGGCAGAUGGAGGAGGACCAAGUCAACCAACACAAGACACAUUUUCAGGAACUUUGGAGAACUUAGGAUCAAGCAUGACAUUUGUGGGUUUGGAAGCUUGAAGUAUGAAGCGGUUUAGGACUAUUUCUUUUUCUCUUUUUGAUGUCAUGGUCUGUUUUUGGGGACAUGUAACAACACAAUGUCUUUUGAUUUCAUGGUCUGUUUUGUGACAUGUACCACAACCAAAUGUCUCGGUCUAUUUUGGAUUCUAUCACAGUUGGAUUGGGUUUGAGCAAUGUCAUAUGUCUUGUUCUUUUUCCAUUACCUUUCAUACAAACAAACAGUCUUACAAGCCAUAUUUUUCUCUAAACAUCCAAACUAGUUACUCUCAUACAACCACUUUUUAACUCACAUAUUCAAUACAUACACAUGAAAAACAAAACCAUAACCAUAACAAAGCCAACAAUGUUCUUCAAGCUUCUUAGUUGCAUUUUCAUCUCUUUGACCUCCUUCUCAACCACACCCAAAUGCACACGAGUCUCCAUGGCGAGAGUAUCAAUCUGA